UGGCGCGGCCAUGGCCGCCUGCCCCGGGCUGCCUCCAUUUGAGCCGCUUCCAGAAGCCGACAAACCAGCCUGGUGAGAGCUGGGCCAGCCCCGGCCCCGCACAGCUGCAGCCCUCGCUGGAGUACCUCGCAUCGCCCGGCUCCUUGUCUUCCUCCGGACUGCGGUGGGUCAGUACUGCCUUGGCACUGGGGAGGAGGAGGAAGUGGUUGCUGGAUGCCCCUGGCGAUGCCCCUUUUGGGGUGAUCUGGUCCUGGGGGCGAUGGGGAUGCACCGCGCUUCGGGGGCUCCUGACCCCUCGGCCUGGCAGGUGGCCCCAGGCUGUGACGGAGGGAUGACGGGACCCCACGCUGCUGCUGCCGCCCUUAAACCCUCCUGGCAGUGGAGCUGAAGGACACCGCUGGCCCUGGAGCAGCACCGGUGUCCCACACCCGGCCCUGAGGGGACUCGGUGGGUGGUGGGUGAGGGGGGCGGCUGCCCCACAGCUGCCCCCAUGGAGCUGGUGGUGGGUGAGGAACUGGGGCCUGGCUCCCGGCCCAUGCAGGCAGCCGGCGGGGAGGGCCAGGCUGGGCAGCAGGGCGAGAGCGAGCCUGAGGGGCCGGGGGGCCCCAUGGAGCUGCCCCCGCUCUGCGGAGAGGCACCCGCUGCGGCCUGGGGCAGCUGGAGCCCGGCAGUGGCAGAGGACACGAUAGAGCCGCUGCUGAACGGGUGCCACAAGCCGCCCACCCACGGUGCAGUCCUGACGGAGGGGCAGGACCCCCCCACCGCCACCAUCCCCAUCCUGCCCCACGAGGAGACCCCGGUGCCCCCGGAGGGGUCUCCCAGCCUGGGAAGUGCCUCCAGCUCCAUCCUGAGCCUCUCUGCCAAGGAUGGGGAGACAUCUAGCAGUGAGACGACGGUGCCGGAGCCGUGCCACACGCCAGUGGGCGGCGAGGAUGAGUGCCCCAUCUGCACGGAGCCCUACGACGACCAGCGGCACAAACCAGCCCUGCUCAACUGCAACCACGGGCUGUGCCGUGCCUGUCUGCGUGCCAUCAUGGACACAGCCGCCGGCGCUGAGUUCGGCCGCGUGCGCUGCCCCAUCUGCCGCCAGAAGACCCCCAUGCUGGAGUGGGAGAUCUGCAAGCUGCAGGAGGAGCUGCUGCUGCUGCACGCCCAGCCCGGCCCCACCUCCGCCCUGGCAGCUCCCCGGCCCCCUGUGCUGCCGCCCCGGCGCCCGGGCCUCACCGGUGCCCUCGAGCAUCACUUCCAGGUGCGCUUCCACACCAGCCGCAUGUUCGGGUGCCUGCCCUGUGUGCGCUACCCGCCCUGCCUCAUCCGCGGGCUGGGGCGGCUGGAGCGCCGCUGCCGCUGCUGCUACCUCCUGCUGCUGGCCCUGCUGCUGGUGGCCGAGCUGCUCAGCCUGCUCCUCAUCUUCCUCCCCAUCGUCCUGAUGGUGCUGCUCUUCCUCAUCCUCGAUAAAUAGUGCUGGGUUUGUGCCCCCGGAUGCUCUGCAGUGCAGGGUAGAGAUGCCAGCUUGGGACUGAGCCUGGGAAGCCGGGGAGCCCUGGCGCUGCCGGUGAGCCCUGAGCAGGUGAGGCAGUGCAGGAGCUGGGGCAGUGCCUGAGGGAGGCAAGGCUGGAGCUGGGCAUCGCCUAUGUCCCGUGGGGCACCGCAUGUCACCGUGCCGUGGCCCCAAAGGGAUGGAUAGGGCAGGAGCAGGGUUCUGCCUGCCCGCGCUGGGGGCACAUCCCUGGGGCUGGGAGCAAGAGGGGCUCUGCUGGUGGAGCAGGACUGAGCUGUGGGAUCUGCUGCCCACUCCCAAGACAGAUGGAUGGGGGUUUCCCCAGCACGGACUGAAAAUACAAAUUGCAUUUGUACCA